AUUUUCCGUUAUAACUCGAAAACUAAGCUUCGGACAAAAUUUUGCAAAAGGAAAAAUCGUCUUAGAAUUCGUUCAAGAACAUGACAUUUCAAGGACAUCAGGUUAUUUCGAAUCACCCUGUAUAGGCUAUUGCAGCUGCAUAUGAUUGUAUUAUGUCAGGCCAAUGUGAGGACGCAAUAGUUGGAGCCGUAAACCUUUGCUUACAACCUAUGUUACAUAUGCAAUUCUUUCGGCUUGGUGUUUUAUCUUCUGAUGGAUAUUGUAGGCCAUUUGAUACUGCCGCAAGCGGUUAUUCGCGUUCCGAAGCCGUGUCGGUAGUAUAUCUUCAAAAAGCUAAAAAUGCGAAAAGAAUUUAUGCUAUAUGUAAACAGAUUAAACUAAAUAAUGACGGUUACAAAGAACAAGGAAUAACAUUUCCAUCGUCGCACAUGCAAAGUGCCUUAUUAACAGAGUUUUACAAUGAGUGCAAAAUACCACCAUCUGACUUGGAUUACAUCGAAGCACAUGGUACUGCUACUAAAGUUGGCGACCCCGAAGAAAUCAAUGCUAUUCGUAACGUUCUGUGUCAAAAUAGAAAAAUCCCAUUGAUGGUGGGAUCCGUAAAAUCCAAUCUUGGUCACGCAGAACCUGCCAGCGGCUUCACACAAAUCGCUAAGUUAUGGAAAUUCCAAAUGAAGGCCAUCUUUGUCGCACAUGAUCUCUUAAAGAUUGUCGAGGGUAUCGAAGUUAAACCAGAAAACCCGGACGACCUUCGAAAUGCUUGGACAAAAAGGGAUGCCCGAGCAAUGUUCAUUAUAUCGUCCUCAAUGGAAUAUUCGCAACUCGAGUACCUUAUCACGUGCACGACAGCAGCAGAGAUGUGGACGAAGCUUAGCUCUAUCCAUGAGCAGAAAAGUGCAUCAAACAAAUUAACGCUUACGACAAAAUUCCAUGAAUACCGCAUGGCGCCUGGCGAUUCUAUUGCUCAGCACAUUGCCAAAAUCGAAAAUAUGGCAAAUCAGUUAAAAGACAUUGAUGAAAACGUAUCGGACAUUAUGAUAAUGGCCAAAAUACUCGGAACCUUACCUUCAAAAUACAACGCCCUUAUCUCGGCUUGGGACAGCGUGAACGCAGCGGAACAAACACUCCCCCGGCUACGAGAAAGACUGAUACGAGAAGAAGCCCGAAUGACAUCGAUGGAUGAAACGAGUAAUGCCCUGGCGACGACGAGCAUCUCAACGAACAAACAGCAGAAGCAGCGCCAACCUCGAAGCCAACCACAUAGCAACGAUUCAACGACAUUUAAGAAGAAAAUUGUGUGCAAUUUUUGUCAUAAAACCGGCCAUAUUGCAAAGUACUGUUUCGCGAAAAGAAAGACAUUGAAAACAACGGACAAAAAUAAAGACAAUAAAAGUGACGAUUCGACUAAUUCCACCGCGUUCAUAGUGCAAGACAACAAAAUAAUUGAUAGAGAAAUAGCAAUAUUUUCCGAACUCGACGAAGGCCACGUUUGGCUUCUCGAUAGCGGCGCGUCGCGGCAUCUUUGUUGUCAAAAAGAGUGGUUUACAAAUUUGUUACCGUGCAACAACGAAUAUGUCUAUCUCGGUGACGGCAGAAACUUAAAAGUCGAAGGUCGCGGAAGCAUUCUUAUUUCUCGACUAGUCAAUAAUGAGUGGCUUGAUGGUGAAAUCAACGAUGUUUCAUAUGUUCCAUAUUUAAGAAAAAUCUUUUUUCCGCUGGCACAUGCACCUCUAAAGGCUUUUCUAUUACCUUACGUAGUGACCACGCAGAAAUACUUUCGAAAGAUGGACAAAUCGUUGCACACGGAACGAGGCAUAAAAUUACUCACAUCAGCACCUUUUACCCCGGAACAGAACGGACGCGUAGAACGCGAAAUGCGCACAAUCGUAGAAAGCGCACGUUCAAUGCUUUUAGCGCGAAAUCUUCCUAAAAAUCUUUGGGGUGAAGCCGUUAACACGGCAGUUUACAUACUAAACAGAACAGUACCCGCGUAUCUCAAAAAGACACCAAUCGAAGUUUACAUGAACAAGAAACCUGAUUUAUCGCAUAUUAAAACAUUCGGUUGCAACGCGUAUGCUCAUGUUCCUAAUAUUUCACGCAAAAAAUGGGAUCCUAAAUCAGAAAAGAAACUCUUUGUUGGUUAUGAAAAAGACACGCAUAAUUAUAGAUUAUUAGACACGCGAACAAAACGCAUUACGAUUUCUAAAAAUGUUAUUUUUGACGAGUAUCCGACUAACGAAACAAAAACAAAAGGAGUUUGGAUAUCUAUCAAUCACGACACCGAAAUUGUAAACGACAAUGGUCCCCACGAAGUAGAAAUGUUAGAUAAUUCAGAUAUUUUUGAAGAUGCGAUAGGUCCACCGCCAGAUCAAGUCACUGACAGAUCAGAGCAGCAUUUCGACGAGCAGCGCGAUGGACAGGAACGAUAUUACUUACGCGAUCUAUUAACAUUGUAGAUUGGCUUAGUAGAUCUCUUAACAUCUAUAGAGAUUAUUCCGGAUUACAUAAUUGGUCAUUUUGCUGGUGAACUUGGUUGUGCUUACGCAGACGGGUGUCUGACUAUGGAACAAACUAUUUUGUCAGCGUACUUUAUUGGUUUAGCAUGUGUGAAAGAAAUAAUUCAUAGCUCUACCGCAGUUGUCAAUUUUGAUUACAAUUCUGUUAAAAAUAUAUGUCCAGCAGAUAUUGAAAUAAUAUACAGAAACCACCAAAACAGCAAUAUUUUAACUGGCCCCGUUAAAUCCAUGCAAGAGUUUUUGCAACAAUUGCAGAAGAACAACAUUCACGUGACAACAAUCUCCAGCAACAACAUACCGUAUCACAGUCGUUACCUCGCUUCUCUGAAAUCGCAGUUUUUUACAAGUUUGAACAAAAUAAUUUCACAGCCAAAAGAAAGAAGUACCAAAUGGAUCAGCACUUCCGUACCUCGCAAUGAAUGGUCCAAUUCAACGUUAAAAUUAUGCUCAGCAAGCUACCAUACGAGCAGUAUAUUAAACACAGUUCUUUUUGAACAAGCAACACAUAUGAUUCCAGAUAACGCUGUAAUUAUCGAAAUUGCACCAGUUAGCAUUUUACAGAACAUUUUGAUAGAAUUGGUUUAUUCAAAAAUAACAAACAUUGUACUGACUAAGCGUAGUGAACCAAAUGCUAUCGAUUUAAUAUUGCAAGGAAUUGGAGAACUCUACAACUGUGGCCUACAACCGUGUAUCGCUAAUUUGUAUCCACCGGUAAAUUUUCCAGUUAGCCGAGGCACUCCUAUGAUCUCUCCAUCAAUUAGAUGGAAUCAUUCUGAAGAUUGGUAUGUACGUACAAAAGAAACACAGAAAAUAAUCAAAUCCAGAGCAAGACAAAUAGAAAUUUUGACGAAUGGCGAAGAAUAUGGCUUUAUGACCGGUCACGUCAUUGACGGAAAAAAUUUGUUACCUGCGACAGGCUAUCUAGUGCUUGUUUGGGAAACCAUUGGAAUGAUGAUGAGCAAAAUGUAUAAUUCAAUAACCAUAGUAUUUCAAGAUAUAAAAUUUAUUAGGGCUACACAUUUAUCGAACGAAGGUUCUGUGAAUUUGACAAUAACGAUACAGAAAGAAAGCGGCAAAUUUGAAGUCACUAUAAGAGACAGCGUUGUUGUAACAGGUGUAGUACACGCUGUAUCAAAUGCUGAACAAGAAAUGGUGCCGAAUAAUCUGUUAUCGGUGGAUACUGACGAGGAAGAACAUAUGACUUUUCAAGACAUUUACAAGGAAUUAAGGCUACGCGGUUAUCAAUACAGAGAUGCAUUUUGUGGCUUAAAAAGCGUAUCACUCUCAGGCAGCAAAGGGCACAUUGCUUGGACAGGUAAUUGGGUAACAUUCAUGGACAACAUGCUGCAGAUGUAUAUAAUUGGAAAAGAUACCAGAGACUUAUAUAUUCCAACAAAUAUUGAAAAAUUGGUAAUUAAUCCUGCACUUCAAGCAUCAAAAUUGCUGAAAAUGACAUCCGAACUAAAUAAACAAUUACCAAUACGUGUAUAUAAAGAAAUAGGCGUAAUUAAAUCAGGUGGAAUAGAGAUACGUGGCCUGAAAGCUACCUCGAUUUCUCGCCGAAAACCAAUCGGAGAUCCCGUCAUCGAGGAACAUAAAUUUAUAACUCACCAGGAUUGCGCCGAUAUUUCGUUAAAUAAAGCAAUUCGAAUAUCGACGCAGCUGGCGCUAGAGGAUCAUCAGAUCAUUAAAGCAACAGCCAUAGAGCUAGUGGAAGAUGCAGAUGAUGUAAUGUUAGAAGAUCUAUCAUCAACGUUACUGAUUGAAGCUCUUGCUGAUAUUCCUUUAAUACAAGCAAAUGUUGCUAUACUAACAUCGUCGAAUCGUUUUAAUCCAGUACAACUGUCUUCAAAUGUUUCGAUCGCAGAUUUAAACAAACCACUUAUAAGCGACAAAGCUUUGAUAGCUACAGGAUUUAAUCUUUUGACGAAACAUCAGAAUUCAUUAGAAAAACUUUUGCCGCUUUUGAGAGAUGGCGGUUAUCUCUUAACACGCGAGAAAUGCAAUCUAAAUAAAUAUGAAAAAUAUUUAAGUGAAUAUGCAUUAAAUGUUAUUCUGGAAAAACGUACGGAUAAAGAAAUAAUUAUACUAUUGAAGAAAAAGGUUAUAAUAACAAAAACAAUUGUUGUUUAUAUCAAUAAUAAUAAUUUCAAUUGGCUCGAAGAUUUGAAGCAACGUGUAGACGAAAGAAACGAGAAGAAACACGAUGGCAAUAGCAGAAUUGUAAUUGUUGGAGAGGGGGACUUUGAAUGCGGAUUAUUGGGUUUUGUUAACUGCUUGAGGAAAGAGCCUGGUGGAGAGUUGGUUAGAGGUGUGCUUAUUCAAGACAAACAUGCUUCUAAAUUUUCUCUACAAGAUCCGUUCUAUAUGCAACAAUUACAAAAAGAUAUGAUUGUUAACGUUUUGCGACCUAAUAAAACUUGGGGAUCUUACCGACAUUUGCGAUUACCGCAUCCAGAAGUCGAAUCCGUAAAUGCCGCCUAUGUAUGCCAAACGGUUCGAGGCGAUUUAAGUUCUUUUUGUUGGAUGGAAAACGAUAUAUCAAUCGAUUCUGAUGGCAAAGAUAUAGUACGUGUGAUUUAUUCGUCUAUCAAUUUCAGAGAUGUAAUGCUAGCAACUGGCAAAUUAACAUCUGAUUUCAUUAAGUCGAAUCGACUUCAGGACAUGAGUCUUGGAUUGGAAUAUGUAGGUUACGAUGGCAAUGGACAGCGAGUUAUGGGACUUUGUGACAAUAAUGCAUAGCGAAUGUCGUUGUACGAGAUAAAGAAUUAUGUUGGAAUCACGAAG